CUUAUCAACCUCCUAGCCUUUAGUGCGCAAGUCUUCCAUACCAGGAUCAAAGCUACUAGCGGAUUUGCGUCGGCCCCCCACUACUACUACAAGCAGAAAUGAAGUUCCUCGCUGCCUACCUCCUCCUCACCCUCGGCGGUAACGCCUCUCCCUCGGCCGCUGACAUCAAGUCUCUCCUCGAGACUGUCGGCAUCGAGUCGGAGCAGGAGCGCCUCGACAAGGUCGUCUCUGAGCUUAACGGCAAGGACAUUGCUCAGCUCAUCACCGAGGGCCAGGAGAAGCUCGCCUCUGUCCCCUCCGGCGGUGCCGUCGCUGCUGCCCCCGCCGCUGCCGCUGGUGGUGCUGCCCCCGCUGCCGAGGAGAAGAAGGAGGAGAAGAAGGAGGAGAAGGAGGAGUCCGACGACGACAUGGGCUUCGGUCUCUUCGACUAAGCGCGUGCGAGCGCCGGAGACGAGGACAGGGAAGAAGAUGGCGGCGCAGCACAAUAGCGUCUCGUCAUCGCCAGGUGUUGGGAAAGCAGCAUUUCGCGAGGCACUCCGAGGCAUUCUGCCUUCUCAUCGACGUGAAGGACGGCUGGACCGUAGUCGUCAUGCCACUCACGCCUUUCUCAACCUCCUUGCAGUCAUGCAUGGCCGCCAACUCGUCAGCGAGCGGUGCGAUCCAUCACGGCUCUCCUCAAUCACACUCUAUUUCUUGACCGAGUGCAGCUGUGUGUGGUUGAUUGACGAAACUGACUUGACACGCUGCACUUCAUCCUGACCGGCAAGCUUCUGAUUGCGAUUCAAUUUCGGCAUUCAAAA